UGCUCUUUGAGCAAUAAAGUUUAUUGAGAGUGUCGCGGGAUUGUGGGAUAAUGGCGGCGCCCAUAGUUUGCAGCUGAGCUAUUUACAGUGCGGAUGACCGGCUUUAAUAAAUCUUGGGUUUAAAAGCGUGGCUGGUGCUAGAGGAGCAGACUUCAUAUCCACCGUUAUCAUGGAAGACGACUUAUCGCUACACAGGCUGGAGGGCAGUGACCCCUCGGAACAGACAGGAGGGCUGGUGUUAAAGAAAAAGAGCUCAAGUAGCGAGCAGCAUGUGUUUAAAAUGCCAGCUCCGCGUUCCUCCCUAUUGGGGUUGGAUCUGCUGGCCGCACAAAAACGAAAAGAACGGGAAGAGAAGGAGAGGCAAGAAGGAGACAAGAAACCAAAAGUUACCACUAAAGAUUUAGAAGAGAAAGAUAGGAAUUCCGACAGAGCCGGUGACCGAUUGAGCCGGGGGAGUCACGGGGACAGGCAUUACAGAAAACCACGCGUGGAAACACCUUCUUAUACUGGUGGGGUAAACGAAGAGUACCUGGCCCGGAGCCGUCAGAGAGAGCGCGACAGAAGAGAACAUGGAGUAUACGCCUCAUCCAAAGAUGAUCGACAACGCAGAAAAGAGCGCAGCAGUCGAGAUCGAGAUGAUCGUAGCAGGCACAGUAGGUCAGAAAGGGACAGUGGUUCUGAGAGAAGUUCAAGGCGAGGGGAACCCGAGAGUCCAAGGCACAGACCUAGAGAUUCCUCAACACCCUCGCGCUCAGGAUGGGAAGAGGAUGAAAGCGGGUAUGGAGGAUCCCAGCGCUCUCACUGGGAGUCUCCUUCACCUACCCCAUCAAGCAGAGACUCCGAUCGAAGCCAUCGCAAUGACAGGGAGAGCUCUAGGAGAGAGCGCUCCGUGAGGCUCCAGUACACAGACGAUACCCCUCUCCCCACACCGUCUUACAAAUUUAAUGAAUGGGCCUCAGAACGACGACAUCUAGGCGCCACCCCGCGACUCUCACAGGGCAAAGGUAAGCAUGAAACAGAUGAGGAUAGCAUUGACUUUAUGUCGGAGGAUGAUAAAAGGCAAUGGGAGGAGGACCAGAGGCAAGCAGACCGAGACUGGUACAUGAUGGAUGAAGGAUUUGAUGAGUAUCACAAUGCCUUGAGCGCAACCUCUCAGGAUUAUGUGAAGAAGAGGGAACAGCUUCUCCAGAAACAGAAUCACAAAAGAGUGUCUGCCCAGAGGAGGCAAAUCAACGAGGAUAAUGAGCGCUGGGAAACAAAUCGUAUGCUGACCAGUGGUGUGGUCCAAAGACUAGAAGUGGAUGAUGAUUUUGAAGAGGAUAAUGCUGCUAAAGUGCAUCUUCUGGUCCACAACCUGGUGCCCCCAUUUCUGGAUGGACGUAUUGUGUUUACCAAGCAGCCUGAGCCGGUGAUCCCAGUGCGGGAUCCAACUUCAGAUAUGGCCAUCAUCUCUCGCAAAGGCAGUCAGUUGGUCCGCAAGCACCGGGAGCAGAAGGAGCGUAAAAAGGCUCAGCACAAGCACUGGGAGUUGGCUGGAACCAAACUAGGGGACAUCAUGGGUGUCAAGAAGAAGGAGGAUGAUCCUGAACAGCCAAGCACUGAAGAUGGAGCAGUGGAUUACAGAACAGAACAGAAAUUUGCAGACCACAUGCGAGAACGCAGCGAGGCGAGCAGUGAAUUUUCUCGUAAGAAGAGUCUGAUGGAGCAGAGGCAGUACCUGCCAAUAUUUGCUGUACGGCAGGAGCUGCUCACAGUGAUAAGGGAUAAUAGCAUUGUCAUCGUGGUAGGGGAAACUGGCAGCGGGAAGACUACCCAGCUGACUCAGUACCUGCAUGAAGACGGAUACACAGAUUAUGGUAUGAUUGCGUGCACCCAGCCCCGCAGGGUGGCAGCCAUGUCUGUGGCAAAGCGUGUCAGUGAAGAAAUGGAGGUAGGCCUCGGAGAAGAGGUGGGAUACGCUAUCCGAUUUGAGGACUGCACUUCGGAAAAAACCCUUAUUAAGUACAUGACGGAUGGCAUCCUCCUGCGUGAAUCUCUGCGUGAGGCGGAUCUUGAUCAUUAUAGCGCUGUUAUCAUGGAUGAGGCCCAUGAGCGUUCCUUGAACACAGAUGUGCUUUUUGGGCUGCUACGCGAGGUUGUGGCUCGUCGCUCUGAUCUCAAAUUGAUCGUUACUUCGGCUACAAUGGAUUCGGAGAAGUUUGCUUCGUUCUUUGGAAAUGUUCCUAUUUUCCACAUUCCAGGCCGGACAUUCCCUGUAGACAUCCUGUUCAGCAAGACUCCUCAGGAGGAUUAUGUGGAAGCUGCUGUGAAACAAGCCUUACAAAUCCACCUGUCUGGAGCUGCAGGUGACAUUCUGAUCUUCAUGCCAGGGCAAGAGGAUAUUGAGGUAACGUCUGAUCAGAUUAUCGAACGCUUGGGGGAGUUGGAGAGUGCUCCACCCCUAGCUGUCCUUCCAAUUUAUUCCCAGCUGCCAUCUGAUUUACAGGCCAAGAUUUUCCAAAAAGCCCCGGACGGUGUGAGAAAAUGCAUUGUGGCCACGAACAUUGCAGAGACCUCCCUCACUGUGGAUGGCAUCAUGUUUGUUGUGGAUUCAGGUUACUGCAAGUUAAAGGUGUUUAAUCCCCGCAUUGGCAUGGAUGCCUUGCAGAUUUAUCCUAUUAGCCAGGCCAAUGCCAACCAGCGUUCCGGCAGAGCAGGCCGAACUGGGCCAGGGCAGUGCUUUAGGCUUUACACACAGAGCGCCUAUAAGAACGAACUUCUGUGCACCACGGUCCCUGAAAUCCAGCGUACAAACCUCUCCAAUGUAGUUCUGCUGCUUAAGUCCCUGGGGGUUCAGGAUCUGCUUCUCUUUCAUUUCAUGGAUCCACCACCAGAGGACAAUAUGCUCAAUUCUAUGUAUCAGCUGUGGAUCCUAGGGGCCCUUGAUAACACAGGCUCUCUCACCUCCACCGGGCGACUUAUGGUUGAGUUCCCCUUAGACCCUGCCCUCUCGAAGAUGCUUAUUGUAUCGUGUGACAUGGGCUGCAGUUCUGAGAUACUGAUGGUGGUGUCUAUGCUCUCUGUGCCAGCCAUAUUCUAUCGCCCAAAGGGGCGAGAGGAGGAGAGUGACCAAGUGCGAGAGAAAUUUGCUGUCCCAGAGAGCGACCACUUAACAUAUUUAAAUGUCUUCCUUCAGUGGAAAAACAAUAACUAUUCAAGUGGCUGGUGCAACCAACACUUUAUACAUGCCAAGGCCAUGCGCAAGGUCCGUGAAGUUCGGGCCCAGCUGAAAGAUAUCAUGGUGUCCCAGCGGAUGCCCCUCUCCUCUUGCGGCUCAGACUGGGAUGUCGUGAGGAAGUGCAUCUGUGCGGCUUAUUUUCACCAAGCUGCCAGACUUAAGGGGAUCGGCGAGUAUGUGAACGUGCGCACAGGGAUGCCAUGCCACUUGCACCCGACUAGCUCUCUGUUUGGGAUGGGAUACACGCCUGAUUAUAUUGUGUACCACGAACUAGUGAUGACUACAAAGGAGUACAUGCAGUGUGUCACAGCAGUGGACGGAGAGUGGUUGGCUGAACUGGGGCCGAUGUUCUACAGCAUUAAACAUGCAGGCAAAUCCAGACAGGAAAACAAACGCCGUGCGAAGGAGGAAGCGUCUGCCAUGGAGGAGGAGAUGAUGAUGGCUGAAGAACAAUUACGCUUAAGGAGAGAGGAGCAGGAGAAGAAGAGCACACUGAGCAGCACAAGGUCUGUAAAAAUCUACACUCCUGGAAGGAAAGAACAAACAGAUCCCGGGACCCCACGCCGUACGCCGGCACGAUUUGGACUCUGAUUCUUUAGCCUUUACCUGUUGGCAUGAAUCUAUGGCUGCAUGAAUGAAAUUUGUUGGACCUGAUCUGCUGCACUCAAGGGAAGUGAAAAGGUUCUGGGACUUUGUAGCUCCUCUUUCAGUGCUAUUUUGUGUAUUGUAAAGUGGAAUAAUGUUAUUUUUCAGCAAUAACAUACCUGUUUUUGUCUGGCUGUGGAGCAAUUAUUUUUAUAUAACAUUAUGGAACAAUA